AACUUAACACUGAUUUUAAAAUCAAAAUUCAGAUCUUUCCCCUUCAAUCUCUCCUGACUCUCCUCCCUCCUCCUGAGCCUCUCUAGGCCUUUACUGCUUUGGUAGUGGAUUUGUCAUUUGCGGCAUCAGAAAUGGGAAUUGCGUCGGAGAAUUUUGAUAUUGAGGAUCUGAAGUCUUACGGAGACGAUUUAAUCAGUUUAUUGCGUGUUAAGAAUGGUUUUGAUGAGAUCUCUCAAAGUUCCGAGCAGUUAAAAUCUCUCAAUUUCGCUUCUGACGAGGAUUACACUGAGAUACAUGGCUCUAUUCAAGAUUGUAAGAAGAAGCUCGAUGUUUGUAAGAAGAAAACGGAGGAAGCUUAUUUAGAUGUUUCUGCGGCUGAAGAUGAGAUUGAACGUCUUCAGAAAGAGCUUGACGAAGAGAUUGAACUGGAAUGCAAACUUAAAGACGAGCUUAGAGUGGUCGCUGAUGAACUCAAUGACCUGAAUGCUCAAUUGACUUCAAUUGCUGAACAUAAGAACUCCACAAAGAGAAAAGCGCGGGACAACUUGAGAGAUGAGAAAAAGCUAUCUAUGUAUGCUUCCGUCACGCAAGUGAUACCGGACAUUGAUGAUCCUUCAAAGAUCUCAGGCUAUAUGGUAGAUCGUGAAAAGAGGGUCAUCGAGAAGUUUCAAUUCGAGACAAAUGAGAUGACGGCCUACGAGACAUGUAACAGUAUCUGGAGCAUCAUCAACAAGCUAUAGACAGACUUGACACCAGUUCAUGUGGCACCAGUUCGUUUAUACCUGUAAAAUCCACAAUCUUGCAUGCUCUUCAGGGAUGCAUGGGACAUGGUGGCUGAAAUCUGUCGCCAACUUGUUCUGGACCCAGACGCAGAGUUCCAAGUUUGUUUUAUCUUGUAUAGGUUGCUUGCAAUUGUAUAAGACAGCACUUUUCUAUUGUUGCUGAUAAUACUUGUUACGAGAGCUUACGUUUAUUUUGCUCUAGGUACAGUGUCCCACAUCGGAAAGAGGUUUCAAGUUGAUGGGCUUACGUAAAGAUAUAAAUCAAAGAGGCUUAUGUAAGUUGAAAAGCAUCUUUGCGCUUGGGGCAAUGACGCAGCUAAUGAGGUCUUAACCGAGGCGCGUCUAUUGCUGGUUGAAAACUAUUUCCAAACCCCCUCCUGGGUUCCAAGCUUGUCUUGAUCUCUCGAGAAUUUCUGGAAGGGCUCCCUUCGGGGUAAAGCCCUACAA